AUGGCGCCAGUUCUCCGAGCAAGGCAAAGUCUAUCUAAGGAUAAGUUCCCUAGUUACUUUGGUAGCCUGAGGAGUCAACCUUACAACGACGCCAACAACUCACGGGGUUCAAAUCCUCACAGUCUACGAUGCAUUGCGUGGAACCCGCUUGGAACAUUGGUGGCGACGGGGUCUUCGGAGAAGACUCUAAGAGUCUGGAAUCCCGAGAAGCCUCACGUAAAGUUUUCGACAGAGCUCAAGGGUCAUUCGGCGUCUGUUGAGAAGGUCGCUUUCAACCCAACAAAGGAUGCAGAACUCUGUAGUGUGAGUAGCGACGGUGUGGUAAAGUUCUGGGAUGUGCGAACCAAAGCAUGCUUCAACGAAGUCAAGGGGCUCGGGGACGCCUUCACUCUAGUCUGGGCACCUGAUGGAAACUCGCUCCUGGUUGGAAACAAAUCGGACACCAUCUACGUUCUAUCGCCGACUCAACCCACGCCUAUCAGCACCCACCAGCAGUCGGUACAGACUAACCAGAUCGCAUUCUGCUGGAGUGGUGAGAAGAUUUUUGUCACAACCGCGGAAGGACGUGUUCGGGUCCUCUCGUAUCCGGGUUUCGAACCUGUCCUGCAGAGCAAGCAUGGAGAUGGGGUUGAAGAGUAUGAGCUUAAUGGGCAUACAUCUUCCUGCUUGACUGCUGAUUUACAGCCAACUGGGCGUUAUCUAGCAACGGGUGGUUCGGAUUCAAUCAUUGCGCUGUGGGAUACAACAGAUUGGAUCUGCCAGAGGACAAUUACAAGAAUGGUUGGACCUGUCAAGAGUCUCAGCUUUACCUUUGACGGUAGUUUCGUCGUAGGUGGCAGUGACGAAGGAUCUGGUCUAGAGAUAUCGCACGUCGAGACAGGAGACCACGUGUACACAUUCAAAACAGCGGGAGCUUGUCCCGUAGUUGCGUGGGCACCAACCCGAUAUUGCCUUGCCUACAGCGACCUGGGGAUCUUGCGGAUUGUUGGUGUCGACGUUGAUAGGAAAUAA